UACAGUUGACAGUAUGAAAUCGAAUUCGAAAUCUCAUCAAAACAAAAAAGGGGCAUACGUUAGAGUAUUUGCAGGGCCAGGGUAUUCACAGGACACGAAGGGCCACGACCAAAUCCUUUGAAAUAUGGCAUGACCAAAGGCAUUUAAAUGGGCGACAAGCCAGCGGGAUGCUUUUCGGCCAGUCCAGUUCCGAUAACCAGAGCUGACAGCCAUUAGGAUGGACUGCAGCGGUGACUUCAACUGCGGAGGCAUGCGUCUGAUAUGCGCGCGACGAUUUCAUUCAUGUCCCGGCUUCAGCUUGGACUCCGGUCUCCUCGAUAUUCCCGUUCCCAGCUCCCAGUUCCAAGUUCCCAGUUGCCAUUCAUUCACCACGCACUUUGAAACCGGAGGAGAUGUGCCAGCGCAAAAAAGACAUGGUCUCUUAUCUACCAAAAGUGGGCCUGACAUCAAGCACUGUAAAAAAGAUUGCACUGUGAUUAGUGCACUGCGGGGUUACAGGGCAAGUGCCCCAGUGUCUGACUCGAUAGUCGGCUCAGCCGAGAGCCUGCGAACGAACGAGCGGAAAACGAGCAGCGGCAUCAGCAGCAGCAGCAGCAGCAGCAGCAGAAUCAGCAUCAGCCAGAAUCCAACGCCUCAUUCGUGUUUGCCGCUUCGUGGGCAACGGACGCUUCCUCGGAACUCAAGUGGAGUGGCGAGCUGUAAAACGGAACCGGAAACGAAAGCGAGUGCGAGUGCGAGAGCGACAGAGAGAGAGAACCAGCCUGUUGACGGUUUGGCGGCGCGUUCGAACCGGAAGUAA